CAGGUGGAGCGCAGGUAGUAGGUGGAGCCGUCGAAGGGCCGGACCACUCCGCUGCCGAAGGUCCUGCAAGCGACUGGUCGCGGCAAGUUGAUUACUUUAUAACACUAUGUGUACAAUAUGUAAGUUAUGUUCAAUUGUACUUACAUUUUUGAGUUUCUGUUGUCGGGAUCAAUUCACUGGUGCCUAGAACUUAACGGAUUUCGAGAGAGAGGGGAAAAAACAAAACAAAAUCAUUUGAAGAUACUCAAUAAUAAGCGGCUGUCAAGAGGAUUUGCAUGUGAAAGAAAUGUAAAGUACCUGCGAGAACUGAUAGGCACGCAGCGAGUGUGGAUUUUUGUGCGCUCAUGUUCCAUGAGAAUUCCCCGCUCCGGGCAACACCGAUGACUACGGAACCAUCUGGCGCCAUGUUUUUAUACCGCAUAAUCGGGCGUAGUUACUCAAAGAUACACCCACUUUCUGUCAAUCAACACAUCAGGAAACUGUUACUUGAAGCGGCGCAGCACGCGGAUUAAACACUGAAUUAGAUUUCAAUAUUUUGACAGAUUAAAUAUUUAUUCUUAAAAAGGUACACACAAAAAACUACAGGCAAAAAAUUAGGUUUUGGAAAUGCAUAGUUUCAUAUUCCUCUACUUUGAAGCUCAUUUAAUUGAAUUUUAUUGAAUUUUCUGUUGCUAUAGAACACGUUCGGAUAGAAAAAGUGAAUCACUUUUUUUUUUACACACAAUUAAAACCAUGAUUGGGUUUCUUUAUCGAUGUAUAUUUAUGUAUAUAUAUUGACGUAUGAGUUCAAAGUUUCAAAAGCGUACCAGGCGUGGGUUGAAUAUUAAUCCUUGUAUUUUGGAACUGGACGCUUAUGUUUGACAAACACGGAAGAGUCCAGCUCGCAUGACACCAGAAAAAAAGCUUCGGGAAAUUAAAAUCGUCGCCCGUUUAAUGGGACGCUGACGUGAACCAGGAAGUAGUUACUUAUUUUAUUUGGGCGUGAAAUCAUCCUCAAGGAUUUUCAUGCCACAGGUUUUGUGCAAUAAUCCCAACAAAUGACCAAUUUUGCUUUAUAAAAUGAGAUCAAAAUGAUGAAAAAAAAAAACAAUGUUCUAAUGCUGAAGCCCUCUGACGCUUGAAGCUGUUGCUAUGGCAACCUGUAAUGUGGUUGUUUGAAACCAUCUUAAUUUGCGAGGUUAUGAUUUUGGAAUGUGCAGCUAAUGCUUCAGUAAACAGAGCUACGAGAUGGUUUUUUUUUUAUCAACAAGGUGGCAGAAGGAAUCUGAAAAUUAACAACCGGGAACUACAGUAGGGAUUUGCCAAUAUUUGUUUUGAAAUCAUUAAACAAAAACUGGAUUUUUAAUUGUCCAGCGGGCAUUCUCGGCCCAACGUGAAGGAGGUUAGUAACUCAUUAAAAUAUCAAAUCACAUUUCCACGUGUUUAAGAUUAACUUUUAAUGAGUGAUGUUUUCAUUCUAUUUUGUUUUAUUAUUAAUCAUCGGGACAGGACACUCGUGUGCGUGUGUGUGUGUGUGGGUGACAUGAACUUCUAUUGGAUUUAAUUUUAUAUUUUGAAAGCAACUCACCCAUGUUUGUGUGGUAGUUAAGACUCAAAGGUCAGGUAUUUUUCUUAUAGUUUUUGUACCAUUUAAAAUUGAAAAUCCCUCUUGAAAAAACACCUCCAAAGUUUAUUUAUGUCUUGUUUUGCUUGUGUGCCAGAGCCAAAUACAUUAUUGAACAUAAUUAAGCGACAAUUAUGCAAAAUUGUGGUGAGUGAAAAUGCUGAGUGGCCAGUCACUCUGGGAAGCAAAAUAAAGCCCUGUUGGAUUUUCAUAUUCAACGCCAUUUAUGUGCAGUAUUUUGGUUUCAGUAGUGGUUCCUUUCUAUAAAUAAAGUUGACGAGUACAAGUGUGGCGGCACGGUGGGAUCAGUUGGGAAAGCGUUGGCCUCACAGUUCUGAGGUCCCGGCUUCGAUCCCGGACCCUGCCUGUGUGGAGUUUGCAUGUUCUGCCCGUGCCUGUGUGGGUUUCCUCCAGGCACUCCAGCUUCCUCCCACAUCUCAAAAACAUGCAACAUUAAUAGGACACUCUAAAUUGCCCCUAGGUGUGAUUGUGAGGGCGACUGUUUAUCUCCAUGUGCCCUGCGAUUGGCUGGCAACCAGUUUGGGGCGUACCUCGCCUCCUGCCCCAUUGAUAGCUGGGAUAGCCUCCAGCAUUCCCCGCAACCCUUGUGAGGAUAAGCGGCUAUGAGAAUGGAUGGACAGGUGGAAAAUUGUGGCGAGUGAAAAUGCUGAGUGGCCAGUGACUCUGGGAAGCAAAAUAAAGCCCUGUUUGAUUUUCAUGUUCAACGCCAUUUAUGUGCAGCAUUUUGGUUCCUUUUUAAAAAAUAAAGUUGCCGAGUAUUAGUGUGUAUCAUCCUCCUCCACAUGUUGGAAACAUUAAAGACAGAUCCAUGUUUAAUUUUGUGUCCUCCCAACCAUGAGGCUUCCAGAAAGUUACUGUAGUUCCCCUCCCCCAUUAUAGCCUUCCCCCUCCUUCGUGGGCCCAAUCACGGCCCAUUACCGGGCUCCGUUUUCUCACUCAGCUGUCCGCACGCUGAUUGUUUUGGCUCCAGAGUCCAUCUGUGUCGUUCGCCUGCAGUUGCGUAGCCAACGCCGCACGUCCGCAGAGAUUACCCGGACCGCGUGUCGGGACCGAUCGAUAUGAGAGCGGGCAGGCGAUAAUGACGGCUAAGUACGUCGGCUGGGUUUGUGAGCAUGAGCGGCAGAAAGGCUUUUCCUGGAAUCCCGCACACUUUUUUAUCAGAAAUAUUAUCAGGAUGUUUCUGACUUAUCUAUAGAUAAAGCAUUUCAAUAUUGGAGUAAUUUAUUGUUAUUACAGAAAAAUGGUCCACCAUUCUUCGUCAAAAUUGAACGCAAUGUUUUACUGUGGAAGUAAAAAGAUACCUCGAUGCAUUAUUUUCAUGAAUUAUCAUAAAUUGCAAAAUACUGUAUUAAUUGCAUUAUUGGACACUCUAAAUUGCCCCAAGGUGAUUGUGGGUGCGACUGUUGGUGUCCAUGUGCCCUGCGAUUGGCCGGCGACCGUUUCAGGGUGUACCCCGCCUCCUGGCCGUUGACAGCUGGGAUAGGCUCCAGCACUCCCCGCGACCCUUGUGAGGAUAAGCAGUGAAGAAAAUGGAUGGGUGGAUUCAGUGCUGUUCUCGUUUUACAGUGUACGUCCUGCAGGUGACAGCAUUCCCACAUUGUGUUACAGAUAACGCCACAAUUUGAUAAACAAUGACAAUAUACAUUUAUUUAAAAUAUUACAUGAUAACUGUUUCAUCUGCAUUCAGAACUUGUAAAAUGUUCAAAUUAUAAAUCGAUGAGUCAGAUUUGAGACUAUUAAUGGAGUUUUGCCUCACGUGCUGUUUCUAUUUUGGUAGCCAUGCACAGCCACAGAGGGACCAGUGACGCCCCCCCCAACCCCUCCCCGUUCCAUCCGAAUCUUGCAUCACACAUUGAAAAUAAGACAUCUUUGCGUCACGCCGACGCUCCCGAUGACGAAGGGAUCCACUCCACUCCUCUUAUCUCCUCCGACCGUCUCACCGGGACCGCAGGGAGGAGAUGCACGCAACUUUGCAGCGCUGUCGCACAGACCGCUCAGUUGGCACGAAAGCCGAGACACGCGUCGGUCCCUGAAGCGCCCGGAGUUGCGCGUCCCCGAUGUCGCGAAAGCAGGCGGACCAUGAUUACAACCUCCGGAGUAUGAGCAACCUGAUGGGGGAGCGCUGGAGGAAAGCGAGCGACGGAGGGGAGCGGAGUCUCAUCAAGGCUCCGUCCGACGCCAGCGUCAGCAGCCUGCAGGUGGCCCCGCCGUCCGCCUCCCCCGCGGACGCCCCAGGAACCUCGUCCGCCUCGACCGGCGACCUGGAGAGGGCUGCGCGCAAGCAGUUCAUGCAGGACGUCACGCCGGGCUUUGUCUACGUCCUGUCCGCCUUCUCCGCCUUGGGGGGGUUCUUGUUCGGCUACGACACCGGGGUGAUCUCCGGGGCCAUGCUGCUGCUCAAGAGGCAGAUGGAGCUGAGCGCCCUGUGGCAGGAAGUGCUCAUCUCCAGUACUGUGGCGGCGGCCGCCGUCGCCGCCCUCCUCGGCGCCUUCCUCAACGGGCUCUUCGGGCGCCGGGUGUGCAUCCUGCUGGCCAGCUUCUUUUUCACCGUCGGCGGCAUCGUGCUGAGCGCCGCGCCCGGCAAAGAGGUGCUCCUGUCGGGGCGGCUCGUCGUCGGAGUGGGGCUGGGCAUCGCCUCGAUGACAGUGCCCGUGUACAUCGCCGAGGCCUCGCCGCCUCACCUGCGGGGUCAGCUGGUGACAGUCAACACCCUCUUCAUUACCGGCGGGCAGUUCACCGCCAGCCUCGUGGACGGCGCCUUCAGCUACCUGCAGCGCGACGGAUGGAGGUAUAUGCUGGGCCUGUCGGUUGUCCCCGCUGUGCUCCAGUUUGUGGGCUUCCUCUUCCUGCCCGAGAGCCCUCGCUGGCUGAUCCAGCGCGGGCUGACCCAGAAGGCCCGGCGCGUCCUCAGCCAGAUCCGAGGCAACCAGAAUAUCGACGAGGAGUACGACGGCAUCAAGAACAGCAUCGAGGAGGAGGAGAAGGACGGCGGAGGAGACGGCCCCGUGAUUUGGCGCAUGCUGACCUACCCCCCAACGCGGCGAGCACUCCUCGUGGGCUGCGGCCUCCAGAUGUUCCAGCAGCUCUCCGGAAUCAACACAGUCAUGUACUACAGCGCCACCAUCCUGCAGAUGUCGGGCGUGCGGGACGACCGGCUCGCCAUCUGGCUGGCGGGACUCACCACCCUCACCAACUUCCUGUUCACGCUCCUGGGGGUGUGGCUGGUGGAAAGGGUGGGCCGGCGGAGGCUGACCCUGGGCAGCAUCGUAGGGACGUGUCUCGGCUUGUGCCUGCUGGCCGUGGGCUUCCUGCUGUCGGCCCGGCACAGCCCCCCUGUCACCUUCCACCCGUUGGACCCUUCCAUGGCCAACUCGACCUGCCUUAAGUAUCAGCUGUGCGAGGGGUGCAUGCUGGACCCCGCCUGCGGCUUCUGCUACCGCGAGAACGGCUCGGCGCUGCUCACUUCCUCCUGCGUGCCGGUCAAUCGGGCCUCCGCUGAGCAGGCGGCGUGGGGCAGGUGUUCGAAUUCCAGCCAUAUGAGAGCGCACACUUACUGGGCCUACAACUACUGCCCCACCUCCUUCUCAUGGCUCGUCUUACUGGGACUGAUGUUCUACUUGGCUGCGUUCGCGCCCGGAAUGGGUCCCAUGCCGUGGACCAUCAAUUCUGAAAUCUACCCGUUGUGGGCGAGGAGCACGGGCAACGCGUGCGCAGCCGGCGUCAAUUGGACUUUCAACGUCCUGGUAUCGCUCACCUUCCUCCACUUGGCCCAGUACUUCACCUAUUACGGGGCGUUCUUCCUCUACUCCGCCAUGGCCUUCCUGGGCUUCGUCUUCGUCUACGGCUGCCUCCCCGAGACAAAAGCCCGCCGUCUCGAGGAGAUCGAGGCGCUCUUCGAGAACCGACUGUGCUCGUGCGGCGCGUCCGACUCGGACGAGGGGCGGCAGGUGGAAUACAUCCGGGUCAAGGGGUCAAACUACCACCUGUCGGACAACGACGCGUCCGACGUGGAUUAGACGCCCGGCGGUUGUGUCCGGGCGCCCUCAAUUUGUUUUAACUUUGAGCCUCCGGUUGACCUCGUGAAUGUUUUGAGUCCACGGCAAAUUUCAAAGUUCACCUCGGACAAAUAGUCGGCGCAAUUGGCCCCCCAUCGAAGGAUAACGUAAAUCUUGGACGCAUUCGGAUUCGUCCCUUAGCUCAGGGGUGGGCGAAGGGUGGCCUGCAACAGUCAUCAUUAGUUAAUUAAGCAUCAUUAAAUGAUCAGAAAUGUAAUUUUUUCACCUUGUCUCCGAAGAAUACAUUUGAAAAAAUCUAUUGUGACCCUCACAAGCACAAGUGUUUUCCCACUCCUGAUGAAUCUGUCGUUUUAACGAGCAGGCAGCCACUAAUUUGACAGAAAGGAUGUCGCAUCGCAGCUUUCAUUGUCCUUUUGUUUCGAGGAACUCACAGCUUCUAUUUUUACAGAGAUGUGAUAGUGAGAGUGGGCAGCUGAAAAUGACAAAACUAGUAGCAGUGAACAUGCUGCUCCCACCCCCAAACCCCCCCCCCCCAACCCCACCACCGGUAAGGAACUAAUUUCUUCUCUUUGGUGUCGUUUCAUUUGCCUGGAACGGCAGCAGGCAGUAGAACUUCAUUUCCGAGUGAAGUAGUUCCUCCGACAUCGAACAUAAUCGUUGUGCCUGCGUGUCGUGACGAUGCCUCAUGGACGGCCUCAGUCUAGAAGUUGUGUAAGAUCCGUAUGUUUUAUUCAUUUUUUUUUUACUUUUGCAUUUCAGUUGUGAUUUUUAUUUCCCGUCUUCCACCACUGCCUUACGUAGAAAUCGAUCAAAUUCACAUGAUUCUCGUGGCAUAAUGAUCAGUGGAUAGAAUUUGGCCUAUUCUAUUGCAAAGGUGUAGAAGCACACCACUGAUCUAAAAAAAAAAAAAAAAAAUGACUGGAUAGCGCAUACAUAUCUAGCAGUGUGAUUGGUUGACACCAUCUUGGUACUCCCAAAAUGCAAGGAGGACAUGGUUUACAGGUUGCAUUAUGGCAGAGUUUUUCUCAAAAUUUGGCAUGUAGAAUUAAAACCGGUCGUGUGAGCUUGACAUUUUUUCAGUUCUGGUAACAUGAAGGAUUUUUUUUAUUCGAUUCGGUAAGCCAAAAAAAGGCGAAGUGCGAAGGAAAGACGUAUAACGCCGUGACGCACAUGAAACCUUGCGUAUUUCCUCGGACCCGAUUUCCGUGACAUGAUAAGUUUUCCCAAAAUACGCUGUGAAGCACUAUCAUCAUAACAUAGCAAAAAAACUAAGCAUGUUUUGUCUGAAAAACAUUAAAUUUUAAAUCAAUCAGUUCAACAUAUUUUUGGAAAUAAGGACUCUCAAUGGGAAAAUACAUGCUAAACGUUCAUUUGUUGUCUCUGCGACGUCCUAUUUCAGACAGAAAAUUUAAACUUGUCAAAUUCAAUUUGCAUGGUUCGGGGUCAAAA